UGCUGCCUUCUUCCUUCCCUGCUGCCGGCUGUUGCUGGGUAUAAGCUCCGGUUUUUCCCUGGUAAAAUCAGCCCAGAAACUCCUCUUUUCAGCCUUGAUUUAUGUUGGGUCACUCUAAUCUUGUUGUUCUUUCAAUUGCUAGUGGCCCGUGGAAGUUCCCCAAUUUUCCUGCUGGCUCCUCCCAUACCCGCCAGCUCCAGCUUUGCUUGCUCAGCAUUUCUGGUCCUUGAUUGCCCUGUGAUCCUAGCACUUGGAUUAAGCCUUUUGUCUGUGUGAUUAAGGUAAGUAAAUUAUGGUAAAACUCGUAAAUUUUUUAAGCAUAUUUUAAUUGUUUUCUGAGAUGGUGGCGAGGUUUAAAUGGAUUUAUUUGCAUUUGAGCAUGAUUAAAAAGGGAAUUUGAACUUGUAUUAUUUUCCUUCUUUUCUAGAAUUGAGCAUGCCCACAUGAGAUUUUUCGGUUUAUUUUUGAAAGUGAGAACGAUCGUGAAUCGUGGUUUCUGUAAAUCUUGCUUGGUUUUGUCUCCGAUAUGGUUGUGCUAAUCGUGACCCCGCUAGUGGGGGAGGUUACAAACGCUAGCACAUGUCGACAUGUAGUGAGACCCGACGCGUGGGAAGCCCGGGGGAGUGACGAGCUAGACGACUAGGCACUUUUGGACUUAGGUUUUUGUAGCUAAGCCGUUAGUCACCCAUAGUUGACUUAGAAAUUUUUGUGUAUAGAACUCCCUUAGUUAUAGUCACGACUGUAUAAAUGAAGUUAUAAAUCCUUGUACAUUUUGACAAGUAAAUAGUUGGAAAGGAAAAGAAAUUAGAUAUUACCUG